AUGGUAGAUUUUGUCAUGUCGUUAUCGUUUUGGAUAACGGCGCUACUUGUCCUGAGCUGGGUGAGCUUCUCUGUGCUUAAAUUUUACAUCAAGAAUACAACAGAAGAGAACAGAUUACAACUGUUGCAAGAGCUGGGGCCUGCAGCAGCAAACAUUGAUCAGCCAUUAUUCUUAGGCUUCUUUCAUCCUUACUGUAAUGCAGGUGGCGGAGGAGAACGAGUGUUGUGGACAGCUCUGCGGGAUGUUCAGCGAGAUUUUAGCAAUGUCAUUUGCGUUGUAUACACUGGUGACAUUGAAGCUACCAAGGAGCAAAUCAUCAACAAAGUCAAGACCAACUUUAACAUAUCAUUGAACCCUAAUACACUUCAAUUUGUAUAUUUAACAAAAAGAUAUUUGACAGAAGAUGCCAGAUAUCCUCGAUUUACAUUGAUUCUCCAAAGUCUCGCAUCACUCAUCAUUGGCUAUGAAGCCAUCAGCAAAUUAGUACCUAACGUUUUCUUUGAUACCAUGGGUUAUGCAUUCACAUAUCCACUUGUACAUUAUUUCACUGACGCCAAGAUUGCCACUUACACACAUUAUCCCACCAUCAGCUCAGACAUGGUCAACCGAGUCUACGAAAGAAGAGUAGCUCACAACAACGAUGCUAAGCUUGCCUCCAGUGCCAUUUGGAGCACUGGUAAGCUAAUUUACUAUCGAAUUUUUGCCAAGAUUUAUGGCUUUUGUGGAUCAUUUGCCAACAUCGUCAUGGUGAACUCGACUUGGACAAAGGGCCACAUUGAUCAACUAUGGCACACCAAAUCAGAGAUUGUCUAUCCUCCGUGUGAUACAGAGCGACUCAAUGCAUUACCGCUAAAAGGCAGAAAGUCCAUGAUUAUCAGUGUCGCUCAAUUCAGACCCGAGAAAGAUCAUUCACUGCAAUUGAAAUCAUUGUCAAAACUGUUUGAAAAGUAUCCUCAAUGGAAGACAACGCACCCCAUAGAGCUUGUGUUGAUGGGAAGUUCUCGAAACGAGGGAGAUGCAAAGCGAAUUGAUGGACUUCGCGAAGAAGCUGUCAAACUUGGAAUUCAUGACUUUGUUCGCUUUGAAAUCAACGCUUCAUACGAUCUGCUGGUGUCCAGCCUAGGUAUGUCCAAGAUUGGGCUUCAUACCAUGUGGAACGAACAUUUCGGUAUCGGUGUAGUAGAAUACAUGGCUGCUGGAUUAAUACCUGUGGCUCAUAAAUCGGGUGGUCCUAAAUUAGACAUUGUUGUUGAAUACGAUGGCAAGCAAACAGGGUUCUUGGCUGAUACUGAAGAUGCAUUUGCUGAAUGCUUGAAUUCAGCACUAUCGCUCACAGAAGAAGAAUAUGAAGAGAUGGCGGCUAAUGCUCGUGCAUCGGCUUCUGAUAGAUUCUCUGAAGAAACGUUUAGUUCAGACUUGUUGUGCUGUCUUCGCCCUUGUUUAACUUAG